ACGGACAAUCCCAUGUCCACAACCGAUCUAAAACCACUCAUCACAAACCUUCGCCUAUUCCCUUACCUCCUGAUAGCUAGCCCGGGUUAGUAUCGAACCGCCGUUCUACCUCGACACCGAUAAACUCUGCCCCACGCUCGCAUUUGACGGCUUUUCAAAAUGGGUAUUCCGGCUGCGUUCAGAUGGCUCUCCUCCAAGUACCCCAAAAUUAUAUCUCCUGUCAUUGAGGAGCGGCCAGUUGUCUUGGAAGAUGGCACUACCAUUCCAGUCGACGCCACCAGGCCCAACCCAAAUGGCGAGGAGUUUGACAAUCUGUAUCUGGACAUGAAUGGCAUCGUCCAUCCCUGCUCUCACCCCGAAGACAAGCCAGCGCCCAAGGACGAGGAGGAGAUGAUGAUCGAGAUCUUCAAGUACACUGACCGCGUCGUCAAUAUGGUCCGGCCUCGCAAGCUGCUCAUGAUUGCUGUUGAUGGUGUGGCACCCAGAGCCAAGAUGAAUCAGCAGCGGUCCCGGCGGUUUCGCGCCGCCCAGGAGGCCAAAGAAAAAGAGGCGGACAAACAAGAACUGCUCAAGAUGCUCAAGAAGGAAAAGGGCAGUACCAUGAAAGAAGAGUCGGUUGAGACGGUCGUCAAAAAGGCCUUCGACUCCAAUUCCAUCACUCCAGGCACCCCCUUUAUGGAUAUUCUCGCGGCAAGUCUACGGUAUUGGUGCGCCUACAAGCUCAACACGGAUCCCGCCUGGGCCAAAAUAAAGGUUAUAAUCUCCGAUGCUACCGUCCCCGGCGAGGGAGAGCACAAGAUCAUGGAGUUCGUUCGCUCUCAACGAAACUCGCCCGAGCACGAUCCCAACACUCGUCACGUCAUCUAUGGUCUGGACGCAGAUCUGAUCAUGCUUGGCCUUGCCACCCAUGAGCCGCAUUUUCGUGUUCUUCGUGAGGAUGUGUUUUUCCAGGAGAGCAAAGCUAGGAUGUGCAAACUCUGUGGUCAAAAGGGCCACGACGAGAGAAACUGCAAAGGGCUGCCCGUCGUGGGAGUGGUUCUAUCCCUACCACUAUGCUCCCUUCGCCGCAGACUUUGUGGACCUCGGCAAGAUGAAGAUCAACUUCGAAAAGGGCAGGAUAUCGCGGCCUUUUGAGCAGUUGAUGAGCGUGCUGCCGGCGGCGUCUCGUCAUGCCAUCCCAGAAGUGUUUCACGACCUGAUGACCAAGGAGGACAGUCCCAUCAUUGACUUCUACCCUGAAGAGUUUGAGAUUGAUCUUAACGCUGCCAUGGAAACGAAGCAGCA